AGGAUGCCGACAGAGUGCGUGCCCAUGGGGCAAUGCGGGACCCGCUACCCGAUGUGGAUGUCCGGCCGUCUGCCUGCCGAUGGGAAGAUAGCCGUGGUGGAGGGCUGCAUUAACACUGAGGACGACGGGUGUUGCAACGAGAAAUUCAAAAUAGUCGUCCGCAACUGCGGUGAUUACUACGUGUACCACCUGCCUGCGCUCCCUCGCUGUGUUCGGCCAGCGGCAUACUGCACAGAGAGAGGUCAGUGGAUGAUGGUUUUCAAGGCAGUCAGUGGAGUGCAACCGGAUCCGUACGCGCUGUGGAUGAGCCGAGAGUCGCUGAACGAGAACGUCCCCGAGGCCGCCCGGAUCGGGAGUGGGUUCCGGGGUCACUUCAAGAGCCAGCUGGUGCAGGAGUGGAACUCAAUGAAUGCUGCUGAGGUUCGCCUGUCUCUGUACGAGGCAGGAGCAGAGGUUUUACGGGUUGUCUUUGACGGAUCCGGCAUCGACAAGACGUCGUGGUUCAACUUGGACAGGAUCGUCUCCAGCCCCUAUCGGGACCUCGGCGUUGAUAAGAGCGACCUCCCAGAUAUCCAAAUCAUGACCACGAGCCAGAAUUACCGCUUUGUGAUGAGUCGCAGUGCUCGGUCGGACUGCCAGAAUGCCAACGGUUGGCUGCUUGUGGUGGCCUCAGCAGGAGAGUGCAACUGGGAUAGGACCGGGGACUUCCCGGUCUUCAAGUACAGUCGCAGUGGCUCGGCUACCCUGUGGGACAGCGAAAACGAUCAAGUUGGUGAGGCAGACGAGCUUGUCAUUUAUAUGAGAACAGAAGAGGAGCCAGUCUGUAAAGAGAGGAGUUACCAGGUCUUGAGAGAACAGGCAAGAGGGCCCGGAGGACUCAACAUCCUGAACAACGUGGACGAUUCGAGGCUCCAACCAGGGUGGUACCGCUUCACAAGCCCGACAGGCGAGGAAUUAUCUCACUAUUGUCGGGAGCUCAAUUCCUGUGGGGCUCAGUACUCGAUCUGGCUCCUGGACGCCCCGAGAACAGAACCAGGAGAAACAGUCAAGGGCACCAUGUGCAUCAACAAAGACGAGCCCGGUUGCUGCAACGAGCAGAUCAAGGUGCUGAUCCGUAACUGCGGUAGUUUUUUCAUCUACCGUCUUCCGCAGCUGAAAAGCAUGGGGUGGCGGACCGCAGGUUACUGCACCGGCUUUAACGAGUGGAAUCUGGUGCUGAGGGGCGUCUCGUCUUCACGUUACAGUGCCGGGAAUCUGUACGAGCUGUGGGCGUCCCAUGAAUCGUGGAAUGCAGACAGAGACUCUGCCCAAAUUACGGCACCGUGGUUUCCAGAGCACUUCAAGAGCAGCCUGGUGGAGGACUGGGAUCGAUUGCAUGUGCAACAGGUCCGACUGUCUCUUUACAAAUACGACUUCGACACGGGUAAUCACACUGAGGUGCGCCGAUUCAUAUUCGACGGUCGUGGGUCGGACCGCUUCAGCUGGUUCUCACCCGAGCGAAUCAUGGAGACGCCCUACAAGGACAUGAAGAUUAACACUACCUACUCGCAGUUUAGUCUUGGAAGCUCACACUCAAGACAGUUCGUCAUUAACAAGAUGGAGAUCGAGGCAGAAUCCUGCCCGGGCUCAUCGGGCUGGCUGGCGGUCAUCCAUAACAGUGACGACUGCUUAUGGCAGGGGAAUGCCUUCACGAACUUUGUGUACAGUGGGCAGGACGCAGCUGUCAACUGGGACGAAGGUCCGGUAGAAACUGCCGACGUGCUAGCUGUCUUCGUCAGGUCUCCACUCUUGCACAAUCCGUGCCGUGAGGGCAGAUAUACAGUGAUAACCGACACACGACGCAGCGCAGAUAUACUCCGUUACAGUGGCCGUGGCUCUGUCGAUGACCGAAGCCUACAGCCCGGUUGGUACCGGAUGACUGACGACAAAGGCGCCAAACUAAACAUAGCUACAAGCUGCGUGGAAGUCGACUACUGCGGCACACAUUAUCCGAUCUGGAUAAAUGACAAGUUGCCAGAGACGCCAGGCGAGCGUAAACCGCUGACGGGCUGCAUCAAUACCGAGGAAGAUGGCUGCUGUAACCAGAAGAUCAUUCUUGGGGCGAUCCACUGCGGCGAUUACAUUCUGUUCGGACUGGACCAAGUCCCCUCCAUCCUCGGCAAUGACGAGCCAGCAGCCUACUGCACAGAGGCAGACCAAUGGGAGUUGGUGUUCAAGAUGAGGGACGGCUUUCUCGGUCCGCUGUGGGGAGUUCCUCCCUCGUCGAUCAACACCGACAUCCCUCUCGCUCGCCAGCUGGACAACGAGUUCCUCGGAAAUUACAAGACCAGUCGCGCCUCGUGGUUGUCAAGUCAGUCAAUCAAUAAGGUGAAACUCGCCAUUUACAAGGACGGAAAAGAGAGGAUCACUCUCAUCUUUGAUGGCGAAUCGGCCAGCGAUCGUAGCUGGUUCUCCGACUAUCGGCUGAUCUUCUCCCCUUGGACUGAUCUCAGUAACAGAUCGACCCACGCCAUCUUUUUAAUGGAAGGAGAGCAGAUGCUGACUGAAUACGGGACACGCCGUUGGUUGAUUACCAAGGAACACAUUCCAUGUAGCGAGGACAGCGAAGGGUGGCUUAUGGUGAUCACAGAUCCUGGGCGCCGAUCCCCAUGCGAUCUGCGCAAGCCCCGGUCCAUACUCUACUCCAAUACAACAACGGCUGAAAACUGGUCCAGUGGUUCAUUGGAGAGGGGUGAUUUCAUGGCUAUCUUCGUCUCUUCCUCGUCAGACCCCCGACGACAGUGCCGGUGCGGGGAGAAUUAGACACCCGGUCCAGUCCUAACGAUCUUUGAGGUUGUGAGGCAUACAAUCCAGUGUGACUGGAACUUACGUUGGACAGAUUAGAUAUCAGAGAUCACCGUAAAUGCCUGAAUUAGGAUUUAGCUUUGAUUUUGUUGAUAUUUAAUGUCUAACCUAAACUCAGUAAGUGUGUGUGUGUUAGAUUUUCCAAAGCAGUUUCAACCAAAAUGUUCAUUUUCAUUACAACAGGUUCAAAUUAUUUUCGGGGUUUCUUCAAUCGCAUUGUUUUCAUUUUUGUGCAGAUUAGUGCGUACUUUUUUAUUCCUCUGUAUAGCUAAUCAAAUCUCCAUAAUCACCGGUAUGUUUAAUUUCUACGGACUUUUACGAAUUGAUUCAACCAAAUUAAGAUUCAUCAAAGCGCAAAGGCUGUUUAAUCUUUGUGGUGUCUUAACCAUCUAUAUCAAACUGUAAGUUUUCAAUUUAGAUGUGAUAUGGCAUGUUUGAGUUGGUGUUCUGCAUCUGUCUUUCAGUAACAAAGUGCUCGUUAACCCCGUAGUGAUUAUGAUUAAUAAUUGAUCUACUCCACAAGCACUGUAUUAAUUAUGCAAAUUCCUUUUUACCAUGACACUGUUUUUUGUAAGGCUGUCUGAGAUUGAACUCAACCGAAAUCAGAGCAGGAUGUUCUUCUGGCGAUUGUGCGAUUGUGGAGGUAGGCCUACUCUUCAGUGUCCUCAACCAUGUCCAUAAUUCUAAUCGUUCCAAAGAAAAAAGGAAACAAACUUGGUGAUGCGAAAGCACGACUGUCGUUUUACCAUGAAAACAAAUUGUAUUUCGUUUCCCUGUAUGCAUUCCAUUUACACGUUUUCCUGAAAACUGAAUAUACAUCCGAAAAUUCGAAUCGGGAAGCAUAUGCCAAAGAUAACUAACACGAAAAAAAACACGAAAAAUGUUGGUCCUUAUUUCCUUGUAAUAUGCCAGGCCUUACACAUUAAUUCUUAUCAUUUUGCCCUGCACGUAUAUUGAAAAUGAAAUAAGUGACCUAAAUUGAUAAGUGACCUAAGUUUGAAAUGUUUUCAGUUCUCAGCCGUUUGUUUAAAUUGAUUGGUUUACUUAAUAUUCAUUAACAUAUAAAUUAGUUAAUUUUUCUCCACAUUGCAUAAUUGAAAGAUUGAAAUUUUACUAGGCGUAGAAAUGCUUAAUAUUGCUGUUUUAUUUUAAUUUGUUAUGAAAUUAUGAAGCAUAAACUAUAACUACGAGUUCGAUAUAUUAGCAGGCAUAAAGGACAUGCAUAUUUGUCGACUCCCACUCAGCAGUGAA